GUGCACGCAUUGCGGAUAAGCCUUUCCGAGGUUUUUAGAAAUUAUUUUCUUUUUGUUUUUAUCAUUUUACCCUUCUGCUUCGUAGUAUCCAAGACCAACGUAAUUCAACCCCAUUCUCAUUCCAUUUCAUAAUAUCUUGCUCUUGUCCCCCAAACCCACUAUGAUUCUGUUCAUUUUUUCUUAGCCAUCAACCUAUUGGAACCCAUUUUCCUCAUCAUCGCGAACCUCGAACCUUGUUGUUGAAAGAGAGAAGCUUGCAGUUCAAAAGGGUAUGUCUAUUAUAGGCACAUAUUCAUCACAUUUUUUCUACGGAGAGGUUUACCAGAGGUAUCAACAGUGCCCCCAACACUUGGUAAGUGGGAGAGGGUAUGUGAUUUCUCACAAGGGCGGUUGUGUGAACAUAUGGUUUGAAAGAAGAAAGAGAGAAGGGAAAAUUAGAAGAAGGAAUAUGAGGGUGGAAGCUAUGUGGCCAGAUUUGUCAAGACCAAGUGAGUUAGAAAUGGAACCCAUCAAUGAUUGUGAACAGUUAGAUCAAAUUCUACUUCAUGCUCAGCAAAACUCCCAGCCUAUUCUCAUUGACUGGAUGGCUACUUGGUGCCGGAAAUGCAUAUAUUUGAAGCCCAAGUUGGAAAAAUUAGCUGCUGAAUAUCACGACAAAAUCAAAUUUUAUUACGUGGAUGUCAAUAAUGUACCUCAAUCUCUAGUCAAGCGUGGCAACAUCUCUAAAAUGCCAACAAUUCAGCUGUGGAAAGACGGAGAGAUGAAAGGAGAAGUGAUUGGAGGCCAUAAGGCCUGGCUAGUUACUGAAGAAGUCAGAGAAAUGAUCCGAAAGUUUCUAUAAAACAUUUUUCUGUUCUAUUUUUCAUGCUCACCCAAAUACCAAAAUAGUCAUAAUUUUAAAAAAGGAAUCUUCUACUGAUUUUAUUUUUAUGUUAGCAAACGCAUCUAGUUGUGUAUCAUAUAUUAUUGGAACUGUAUACAAUAGCCCAAAGAAAUUUA